AUGGGUAAAUCACAGUCCAAGCUCUCUCAAGAUCAACUUGCUGAGCUUCAAAAAUCAACCCAUUUCGACAAGAAGGAGUUGCAGCAAUGGUACAAGGGUUUCCUUAAGGAUUGCCCGUCGGGUACUCUCACCAAGGAGGAGUUCCAGAAGAUCUACAGACAAUUCUUUCCCUUCGGGGAUCCGAGCUCAUUCGCCGAUUAUGUCUUCAACGUAUUCGACAGCGACAAGUCCGGCACUAUCGACUUUAAGGAGUUCAUCUGUGCGCUGAGUGUCACCAGCAGAGGCAAGAUGGAGGACAAACUGGAUUGGGCUUUCCAGCUGUAUGACAUUGACGGCGAUGGCAAGAUUAGCUACGACGAGAUGCUCAAGAUUGUCGAGGCUAUCUACAAGAUGGUCGGUUCCAUGGUCAAGUUACCCGAAGACGAAGAUACCCCCGAGAAGCGAGUAAAGAAGAUCUUCCGCAUGAUGGACAAGGACGAGAACGGCAGCCUAGAUAUGGAGGAGUUUAAGGAGGGCAGCAAACGUGACGAAACCAUCGUCUCAGCGCUAUCCCUCUAUGACGGCUUGGUGUAG